UUUUUUAAUACUACGUCGGUGGCAAACAAGCAUACGGCCCGCCUGAUGGUAAGCAGUCUCCGUAGCCUAUGUACGCCUGCAACUCCAGAGGUGUUACAUGCGCGUUGCCGACCCUUUAAAAAUCUGUACACUCCUUUUUUGAAGAACCUCAUACUGUAAUACGCCUCGGGAAAAUCUCGGCAGUUCCUCUUAAAGCGCACAGUGCGCGACCAUUUAGGUUCUAGGGUGUGAGGAUGAACACCCUGCCGACGGCGGGUAGUGCGGUGACUAAGUUCUAUAAUCAUUAAUCAGCGUUGGCAGCAUAGUUGCAUUUUUAUCACCUGUCUGUCACUAUGCCUGUCACUAUCGCACUUACAUAGUUGUUUGACAAGCAUGGUGACAGGCGCUAAAAUGUGACCGUGCUUAGCCCGCUAGUAAAUAUAUUGCAUGAAAGUAGCAUAACCUGCAGUUUAUAUCAUUAGUUUAUUGGAAUCAUGUGAUUUUAUAUUUUGUGUAUUUACCUACUUAAUAGGUGUUUUAGAUUCUUUGUCUUGUACCCAGAGGUGACCAGUCUAAGUAUUCAGUCAUAGUUAAUAAAUUAAAUUAUCAUUAACAUUCUGGGCCUUAAACAUUAUGCUGCAAUUUAUGUUAAUGACUGAGAAAUUUACUCUUUAAAGUUUUAAUUAAUUUGACCCGUAGGAAGUAACAUCCUUCGUAAUUAACGUCCGGAGUCCGGACCGUCAGUAAUUAGGUACUUCACUUACUGCAAAGACCAACUUCAGAAGGAACGUGUUUAGCUGUCAACUUUGUCCUAUGCAGAAGAUACAAGUGCAGAAAAUAACCGAUUCAAUUUCACAAUACGAGGCGAAAAACAGCAAAUCUUGGUCCCAAAUAAUAGCAUUUUUUUUCCAAUGACUCCACCUCCAGCACGCUGGGCAACUAACUAUGCGCACUUACUUUUUAGGGUUCCGUACCAAAAAGGCACAAAAGGAACCCUUAUCGCUAAAUAUCUCGAGAACAACUUAUGAACAACGCUAACCCUUGAAAGUAUUCUUUUUUUAUUUUCUUUUUAAUAACUAUGGUAAAUGCCGAAUAAUGAAGAGGGGGCAAAAUUUCAAAGUCUAGUGACUAGGUCGAGUGUGGUAUCAUUUGAAGGAGCUCAAAUUGACAAUUCCAAAACAAUUUUUUAUUAUUUUUCAGUAUUGAAAAAAAAAAUAUUUAUGAAGGAAAAUGUGAAAAACACAGUGACACCUUUUUUCAAAUAAAAGGACAAUUUUUAAAAACGGUUCACAUGAUAGGGAAUUAUUGUCGAAAAACCAACAUACGUGCAUUACAGCGCGCAAAUUAGACAAAUUGCCGAUAGAUAGCGCUGUACACAAUUAUACUUAGUAUAGGGACUUCUGAUCGAAGUCUGCCUUUAUAGCUACACGAGAUAAUUCAAUGUUUGUACGGAACCCUCGGUGCGCGAGUAAAAUGAACUCGCGCUUGACCGGUUUUUAUUUCCAAGAGGAUUGAAACAGGUAGAGUCAGACCAAGCUAAGUUGGCAACGAUUUUGAUAGCUCAGCCUGUGAAAGUAUAGGUAUUAAGUAAACGUCAUAAUUUAAUAGAAGUUUGACGUUUAAAAUAACACUUGCACUCUCUGGGCUGUCAAAAUCGCUACCAACUUAUCUUAAUCUGACUCUUAGUAUUUUUGUAACCAUGUGGACUGGAAUCAUAUAAAAAUAUAUUUUCUAAUCAUAUAAUUAUAAAAUAAAUAUAUGUAUUGUAAAGCUUCCUGGACUUGUCUAAGGUUUUUGACCUGGUUGCUUACCGCCUAUUGUGGGAAAAGCUAAGCAGUACUACCGUGCCAGCUGAAUGUAUUACCGUUUUAAAAUAUUGGUAUGGCAACCAGGUCAAUCAGGUGAGAUGGUUGAAUACAAUGUCCGACGAAUAUAGGCUUGAAUGUGGUGUCAGGCAAGGGGGGUUGUCGUCGCCUAUUCUGUUCAACCUUUAUGUAAACCAGUUGAUCGAGGAACUCAGCAGCAUGCAUGUAGGAUGUCAUAUUGACGGUGUCAGUAUCAAUAAUAUUAGCUAUGCUGAUGACAUGGUGCUGCUGGGACCCUCCAUCAACGCAAUUAGGCAACUGGUUAACAAAUGUGAGAAUUAUGCCGAACAACAUGGCUUGAGGUACAACUCUAAAAAGAGUGAAGUUAUGAUAUUUAAAUCGAAUAAAUAUAACCCGACAGUUGUGCCUCCGGUAAUGUUGGGCGGCGUUCCACUAAAGGUAGCGGACCAGUUUAAAUAUCUAGGGCACAUAGUCACGCCGGACUUGCGAGACGAUGCGGAUAUAGAGAGGGAGAGGAGGGCCUUGUCUGUGCGAGGUAACAUGAUUGCCCGCAGGUUCGCUCGGUGUACGAAGGAAGUAAAAAUCACAUUAUUUAGGGCUUAUUGCCAAACCUUCUACACCAGCAGCCUGUGGGUGAGUCAUACGCAGCGCACAUACAAUACGCUCAGGGUUCUAUAUAAUAACAUAUUCACGAUGCUGAUGAAGCUGCCGCGACGUUCCAGUGCGUCGGCUAUGUUCGCAGAGGCGCGCACUGAUGGCUUUCACGCCGUCAGAAGGAAGAGAGUAGUGUCACUGCUGAACAGAGUACGCGGCAGCUCCAACACCAUCCUGAGCAUGUUCGCUGAGUGCUUGAACUGCCCCAUGACAAAACACUGGGUAGAAAUCAUCACUGGCCAAACAAAGUGAUGAUUUCUACCUAGUGCCGCUAAUAAUUAAUUUAUUUAAUUUAUUUUUGUAAUCAUUUAUUAUGUUUGUAGCUGCUAAAUUUGUUAUUUAAUCUAUUUGUAGUAUUUUUUGUAAUGUGUCUUAUGGGUGCCUGAUAUACCUGAAAUAAAUUAUUAUUUUUUUUUUUUUUUUUAAAGUAAUAAAACUAAUAAACAUCGUUCAUCGAUAUGAUUUUUUUAUUACGAGUUAUAUUUGGUUAAAUAUAUUAACUAUUUAAUUCAAGAACUAAGUGAUAUGACUUAUCCAUAUUCUGUUUUUGUAUUUUACGAAUUAGAACCAUAAGUAUUAAGUAAUUUCACAAUCUCAGUUCAUGUAAUAAACUCUUUCCGAGAACCAAAUUAUUAUUACAGGCAUGUUAUUAAUUAUUUUUGCCAUCGAAAACCAAAAGCUUUCAGAGCAUUAAGAAGAGAAAAAAAUGAAUAUAAAACGUAUGCGAAACAGAAAAAUCCGCGGUGUGGAAAUCGUUAUUUUAACAACCUGUUUUUCAUCAUGCUCAUGCUCAAGUGAUCUUUCUCCCAAAAAUACGCUGUUUCAUAGCUAAUUAAGCUACUGAUAUAUAUACUGUACUUUAACCUUUGGAGUAGGACUGUGGAAAAUGCGUAGUAAUAUAUUUCCUCAUAAAACAUGGGUUUUUUUUUUGUAUUUUCCUCGGUUGUUACUCUGAUACAGAGUGUAACAAGUUUUAAUUUAAAUAUUUGCCUUCCUUAUAUUUGUUAGUCACGUAACUUUUGGCAUUUCACAUUUUACCGUCUAUGUGGUGAAACAAGACAACCACGGAGUUUAAUAGCAUAACUAUUACGUACUUAUAUGCUUGAUUUCUGAAAAACAUGCUAAAACUAGAAAGAGUACAAGCAGUAAGUUGAUUUCACUUUCGAGAAUUACCCAAAGCUCCACAUCCUUAAUUAUGGAAUUCACUAAAGGAAGUCUUCAAUUAUUCAUCACGUGCAUGCAAGUUGAAGUUGGUGCUUUUGAAGCUCCCGUAAGGCCGUUUUCACAUUGAAUGCUGAUCCGCACGUUCCUCUAGAGUGCAAGCGGGACAUCGCUAUAUACGUGCAUAGUGCUGUCUCGCUCCCACAGGAACGGCGUGCGGAUCCUCAUCGGUGUGAUAAGGGGCGGAUCGUUUUUCAUAGAUACAGCAAGCGCCGUUCCGCGAAGUUUUAAUUACAUUACAUCGUAGAAAAGGGAAACCUAAGACCCUGUAGCGAAAACACUUGCUUGGCUGCAAACUAGAAGCCUUAAGCCAUAUUUGAAAACUUUGGCCAGGUUAGAUAAACCUUGGCCUUAACUUGAUUUUUCGCAGUCUAACAUAAACCUGAUAGGUACGAGUGAAGUUGAUAAGAUAACUAAAAAUCAUUUUAAACUUUUAGUAAAUGCGCGACACAAAUAGA